AAUCACGUUUUUGCGCUGCAUCCGUGAUGUUCUAGUGAACGUUCAACGUGUGUAAUCGACUUAUGAACGAAUCGCGCUUCAGACAGCGCUCGGAGUGAUGAGGUGGUUAGCGAGCUGGUAGCGGCGGUCCUGAUGCUGCUUUUGUUACCAGGCGACCAGGACGAGCAAGAAAUCUUCGCAGUGACCUGAAACAUAAGACAUGUCAGCUGAGCCAAACUACCGGCGCACUAAACCCGGCAUGAAAACCAGCGUUCCCAGUUCCAAUGGUGCAACUGGCCCAGCGUCACAGAUUCCGGGUUUGUCACAGUCUGCCGAAACUGGACCCGUAGAGAGAACCUCGGGACGACGGGUCGGAAUCCAGGCUACGGAUUCGGACUACGUCAAACUCGCAAAACAAGGAGGACACAAAGGGUUAUUGUCGCACGAUAACACAGAUGAUAACCCCAAAUCUGGCAGCUUGUACUCACCCCCUAACUGGUUUUCUGCUGAAGAUGGCCAGCAAAGCCAAAGCAAAGGUUCAUCGCAGAGGCUGCUGGCCCCGUUUGGGACCGACGACGGGCCGUCGUCGGACCAGGAGUCUGACGCCUCCCCUGGCACCACAGACAAGAAGGUGUUGGUGGGCCAGGCGGCGCAGGAGCUGCAAAAGCUGUCCAUAAACCCGAAGGACAUCGAGGAGGCCAACCGCUACAAAAGGAUGUCACACGAGAAGAAGGCAGCUGCUCCUGUCAGCAUGACCAAGCUGUUGAGCUUCGGCUACAUGGAGGAGGACAAGAAGUCCCCUGACGAGGACACCUCAAGUGUGACCUCGGAGCAGACGAGCACUAUCGCCCUUGAGGAUGAGCUGGAGUGAAGGAGAGUUAGGUAGUCCCGCCUCCCGGGUCACGGGAUUGGCUGCCCCUGCCGCCCUCAUCCUUUAACCCCCUCCUCUUUAUGCAAUCUUUCUUCAGUCAUUCGUUAUCUUUAAAAGUCACUCGUGUCACGCUUACACGUCCAAUGGUGCUCGUGCUCGCUGGAAUUUCCACGCCCUCUCGGGGACGACACGCUGUUUGUAUAAAACUGUGCACACAAGUCGCGUGGUGUUUGCAGCCUGAACUGCAAACAGAGGUUGUUCAUACCUUUUUCAUGUGCUGUGACACUUAUGGAUAUGUCUUAUUUAUUUAUUUAUAUUAUUGAUUAUUUUAGCAAAAAAGAGGCUGUGUUGUUUAUCUGAUCAGAUGUGCCAAGGAAAGACUCCAUCAUCUUUUGUGUCACAUUUGGAAACAUGCAAACGUGUGCCGUUCACGAGACUCCAUCUGCGUCACUACCGCAGCGGACGUGGGACGUAUGUGUGUGUGUGUGUGUGUGUGUGUGUGUGUGUGUGUGUGUGUUGAGGAACUUUGAGGUGGUCCAGGGAGCUUUUGCGAUCAUGAAUGUCUUAUUAUGCAGUGCGAUGUUUGGGGUGGUGGGGUGGGGGGUUCAAUGUAAUGGUACAUUCUGUCUCUUAGAUUCAGGUGCAGUAGGUGUGCACCGAGGUGAACUUCGCACGCGGUCUUCUCUCCCCCAUGAUGUGUACAGUGGGUGUCAUGUGAUAGCUGAAUAAAUGUGCAUGUGCAUGGAAAUCA